CUCGGUCCUUAUCAGACCAGGGUGAAAAGGAGUCAUACCAUUCUCUCUUCCAGGCCCCAGCCGUAUCUGGAACAUGCUGAUCCUCAUGAUCUUCUCAAGAUGUAUUAAUAACUUAAUCCCUCGGCUGGCCCCUGCUCUUGUGUGGCCUUCUCUCUGUGAUUUGCAGGCAAGACCCAGAGAACUUCAGAUUGAGGUGGGGCCUAUUGAACUCAAUUUACUUGGAAACUGCCCAGAAAAGGCUGGGAGCAGCUAAAAGGAGUCUUCGCCAUGGGUGAGGUGACAGCAGAGGAGGUAGAAAAGUUCCUGGAUUCAAAUAUUGGCUUUGCCAAACAAUACUAUAGCUUUCACUACCGGGGGAAGGUCAUCUCAGACCUCCUUGGGGCCAAGGAAGCAGCCAUGGACUUCAGCAGCUACCACGAUGUGAACAGCGUGGAGGAGAGUGAGAUCAUCUUUGACCUCCUGCGGGACUUUCAGGAGAACUUACAGACCGAGAAAUGCACAUUCAACGUCAUGAAGAAGCUCUGCUUCCUCCUGCGGGCUGACCGCAUGAGCCUGUUCAUGUAUAGGGCACGCAACGGCAUCGCUGAGCUGGCCACCAGGCUCUUCAACGUCCACAAGGAUGCCGUCCUAGAGGACUGCUUGGUGAUGCCCGACUCCGAGAUUGUCUUCCCUCUGGACAUGGGUGUCGUGGGCCACGUCGCACACUCCAAAAAGAUUGCCAAUGUCCCUAACACAGAAGAGGAUGAACAUUUCUGUGACUUCGUGGACAAUCUCACAGAAUAUCAGACCAAGAGCAUCCUGGCUUCCCCCAUCAUGAAUGGGAAGGACGUGGUAGCCAUAAUCAUGGCUGUGAAUAAAAUAGAUGAACCCCACUUCACCAAGAGAGAUGAAGAGAUUCUUCUCAAGUACCUCAACUUCGUGAAUCUGAUCAUGAAGGUAUUCCACCUGAGCUACCUGCACAACUGUGAGACCCGUCGCGGCCAGAUAUUGCUGUGGUCUGGGAGCAAGGUCUUUGAAGAGCUCACGGAUAUAGAGAGGCAGUUCCACAAGGCCCUGUACACGGUCCGGGCCUUCCUCAACUGCGACAGAUACUCCGUAGGACUCUUAGACAUGACCAAACAGAAGGAAUUUUUUGAUGUGUGGCCAGUUCUGAUGGGCGAGGCUCCAGCUUACUCUGGUCCCAGGACUCCAGACGGAAGGGAAAUUAACUUCUACAAGGUCAUUGACUACAUCCUGCAUGGCAAAGAAGACAUCAAAGUAAUCCCGAACCCACCUGCUGACCACUGGGCUCUAGUGAGCGGUCUCCCCACUUACGUGGCUCAAAAUGGUCUGAUCUGCAAUAUAAUGAAUGCACCUGCAGAGGACUUUUUUGAAUUUCAGAAAGAGCCUCUGGAUGAGUCUGGGUGGAUGAUUAAAAAUGUACUCUCCAUGCCCAUCGUCAACAAGAAGGAAGAGAUUGUCGGCGUGGCCACGUUUUACAACCGCAAAGAUGGGAAGCCCUUCGACGAAAUGGAUGAGACCCUCAUGGAGUCUUUGACUCAGUUUCUGGGCUGGUCAGUCUUAAACCCUGACACCUACGAGUCCAUGAACAAACUCGAGAACAGGAAGGAUAUCUUCCAGGACAUUGUAAAAUAUCACGUGAAGUGUGAUAAUGAGGAAAUCCAGAAGAUCUUGAAAACCAGAGAGGUGUAUGGCAAAGAGCCAUGGGAAUGCGAGGAAGAGGAGCUGGCCGAGAUCCUGCAAGGAGAACUUCCAGAUGCCGAGUCAUACGAAAUCAACAAGUUUCAUUUCAGCGAUCUGCCGCUCACGGAGCUGGAGCUGGUGAAGUGCGGCAUCCAGAUGUACUACGAGCUCAGAGUGGUGGACAAGUUCCACAUCCCGCAAGAGGCCCUGGUGCGCUUCAUGUAUUCGCUAAGCAAAGGCUACCGGAGGAUCACUUACCACAACUGGCGGCAUGGCUUCAACGUGGGGCAGACCAUGUUCUCCUUGCUGGUGACAGGAAAGCUGAAGCGGUACUUCACUGACCUGGAGGCCCUGGCCAUGGUCACUGCUGCCUUCUGUCACGACAUCGACCACAGAGGCACGAACAACCUCUACCAGAUGAAAUCACAGAACCCCCUGGCCAAGCUCCAUGGGUCCUCCAUCUUGGAAAGGCAUCAUUUGGAGUUUGGCAAAACACUCCUGAGAGAUGAGAGCCUGAAUAUCUUCCAGAACUUGAAUCGCCGGCAGCAUGAGCACGCGAUCCACAUGAUGGACAUCGCGAUCAUUGCCACAGACCUUGCCUUGUAUUUCAAGAAAAGGACUAUGUUCCAGAAGAUUGUGGAUCAGUCAAAGACAUAUGAGAGUACCCAGGAGUGGACCCAGUACAUGAUGCUGGAGCAGACACGGAAGGAAAUUGUGAUGGCCAUGAUGAUGACCGCCUGUGAUCUCUCAGCCAUCACCAAGCCCUGGGAAGUACAGAGCAAGGUGGCUCUGCUGGUGGCUGCUGAAUUCUGGGAGCAAGGUGACCUGGAGCGCACAGUGCUGCAGCAGAAUCCCAUUCCCAUGAUGGACAGAAACAAGGCGGAUGAACUCCCCAAGCUUCAAGUCGGCUUCAUCGACUUUGUGUGCACUUUUGUCUACAAGGAAUUUUCCCGUUUUCAUGAGGAGAUUACACCCAUGCUGGAUGGGAUCACUAACAACCGCAAGGAAUGGAAGGCGCUGGCUGAUGAGUAUGAGGCUAAGAUGAAGGCCCUGGAGGAGGAGAAGCAGAAGCAGCAGACAGCUAAGCCAGAUGCUUCCGGGAACCAGUCAGGAGGGAACCCCAGUCCAGGGGGUGCACCUGCAUCUAAGUCCUGUUGCAUCCAGUAGCUGACCACGCUGCGGGCAGGGGCACAGCCCUGAGGAAGGAAGAGGUCACCCGGGCACUGGACAGUUAAAGAAUCAGGAGUUGAGAAGUAGUGGUAGACACAGCAGGCAUCUAUAUCAUCUAAUGGUCUUAUACAUAGUUUGUUCUGUUCUGUUCUGUUCUGUUCUGUUCUGUUCUGUUCUGUUCUGUUCUGUUCUGUUCUGUUCUGUUCUAGACAGCUCUCACUGGCCUGGAACUCUGUUUGUAGACUGGGCUGGCCUCAAACUCACCUGCCUCUGAGUCCUGAGUUCUGUGUUAAAAGCACACACCAUCACACAGGGCUUAGAAAUUGUGUUUAAUUUUAAAAAGUCUAUCGAGUUUAGCCCAAUAUUCUAGACUUCAUGUACUGACUUGAAAAUUUUUUGUUCUUAUAAUGCUUGUAAUUCUCAUAAGCUCUUUAAACUUAGUGUUUUAUUAUAAAAGUGUUCGCUAAUUUCCAAAAGUACAGAAUUAUACAUCAAAUACCCACAAACUUACCCCAGAUUUGAACAUCAAGCUCUGGUCAUGU